GAAUAUCACACUUACUAUAAGACAUUCUGCACACAUACACAUGCACACAUAUAUAUGUAUAUAUCAGAUUUUUAUCAAUAGGGGCGUUCAACGAACUCAAUAGUUGCGCAAUAGUCAAGUAAUUCGUCAAUGUAUAAUCGGUGGGUCCCUCAAGCGUGCACGAUCGGUUUUAAACCGCCCCCCUCCUUUUCCUCUCCCUCUACUGCUCGUCCUGAUAACUCCGUCAUGCAUUUCGUUACAUUUUACCCGUUUAUGAUUUCUCGCUCUGGGAAAUUCUCGCUCUUCGAUACAAGAAAAAAAGAAAAAGAGAGGGAAGGAGGGGGAGAGAGAGGCGUCCAGCCGAGCGGCUAUAUGUUCGCGCGCGAGGCACUCCGACAGUCGGAAGUCGCUCUCUCGGCAGUAGCGUACGCUUCGUCGUCGGGAUUCACCUUUUUAUCUCUCCUUCCCUUCGUUUCUCCUGCGUAAAGUCGCCCAUCACGUCAGACACACACACACACAGACAGAGUGGACGUGAUUGUGACUUGCGUGAAUACGUCUCGGCUCGGCUUAAUUCACCUUUAGUUCGCAAUUAUCGCGUGUGCUUUCGGUGUGCGAACUUCUUAACGGAUUGAUCGAGGAUUCUUGCCCGCUUCGUCGGCCCGUGAAUAUACGCACGAGGCGGGGUACGUGAGCAGGUGUAUCACGAAUAUGUCGUCAGUCGCGCGAAACCGGCUGUUGUCGGCACUCGGCGUCGCGCGGCGUCACGUCGCCGUCGUCGCCGCCGCUGAGCGCGCACACGUCGCGACGGACGUGCAGCACCGCGCGUGCUCGACGCACGAGAGGAAUGUGACGUACCGGAGGACGUUGAACUAUAGUUUAAGAACGGCUCAUUCCAUAACACAACCGACAUGGGUGACAAACAAGGAUGAGAGCCGCGAACUGAUGGCUGUGUGGCCGGACAUUGUUCGGGACAUCACAGAAGCCAGCCAACAUUUGGACAUUCCAAAUAUUAGCAAGUGGAUAGCAAAGGUGUUACAGUAUAAUGUUCCGGGAGGUAAGAAGACUCGCGGUUUAGCAUUAGUCUACGCUUAUAAGAUGCUGGCACCCAAUGAUCAAAUCACGCAGGAAAACAUUCGUUUGGUGCGGAUUUUAGCGUGGUGUGUGGAACUGGUACAUGCCUUUUUGCUCGUAAUCGACGACAUUCAGGAUCAGUCUUUGUUCCGUCGAAAUCAGCCGUGUUGGUAUCUGCACAACGAUAUAGGUUUAGCCGCAAUAAAUGACGGUAUUAUGAUAGAGAGUAUUAUGUAUCAACUACUUCGGAAGCAUUUCAGUGGGAAAGACUGUUAUAUUGACCUGUUGGAAACAUUCCAGGAUAUCAUCUUGAAAACUAUCAUGGGCCAGUCUUUGGAUUUGCAGUCGACCAACUUCGGCAAAAUGCCGAACCUGAAUCUGUUCACGAUGGAUCGUUACAAUUCUAUCGCCAACUAUAAAUCGUCAUAUUACACGUUCAUCUUGCCGAUAACUGCCGCGAUGCAUUUUGCCGGAAUAAAGGAUCGAGAGAUGUUGAGGCAGGCGAAGACAAUUCUGCUGGAAAUGGGACACUUCUUCCAAGUACAAGACGACUAUUUGGACUGCUACGGCAAGCUUGAGGUCAUUGGUAAGGUCGGUUCCGAUAUAGAGGAAGGAAAGUGCACGUGGCUGGCUGUAGUCGCUCUUCAACGCGUCACACUGGAGCAACGGAAAAUUCUAGAAGAAUGUUAUGGCUGUUCAGAUCCGGAAAAGAUAAAACGGGUGAAGCAGCUUUACAACGAUCUCGGUCUACCGAACAUGUAUUCCAUAUAUGAAGAAGAGACAUACAAUCUACUGAAUACUCACAUACAACAGAUAUCACGUGGCCUCCCGCAUGGUCUUUUCCUAAAAAUAUUGGAAAAGAUUUACCGUAGGCAGUCAUGAAAGCUUCUUUUAUAUAUUGAAGGCACAGGCUGAUAAAUUGAUAUAUGGUGUGUGUGUGUGUGUGUGUGUGUGUGUGUGUGUGUGUGUGUGUGUGUGUGUGUGUGUGUGUGUGUGUGUGUGUGUGUGUGUGUGCGUGCGUGCGUGCGUGCGUGCGUGCGUGUAUGUGCGCGUGUGUGUGUACACACCAUUUAUCAAUUUGAAGUUAUUAGAAGACGUGUUGUGCCAACAUCGAAAAAUAUUGAACUAUUUUAUGUUGUAAAUCAUUUCUACUGAAUUCUCUCUGAAAAUAUCUACAAAUAUUUCAAUAAUAUUGAUAAUUUCAGAUAUUUUUUAAACUUCUAUAUAUAAGAAAAUAUA